AUGAAAUUUGGUAAGAACCUUGCCCACUUAUCGAUUCCUGAAUGGAAAGUCUACAACCUAGAGUACAAUGAUCUCAAAGCAUCAAUUCGUGAAAUCACCCGCCAGAAGUCAACAGACUUAUCGAAGCUCCGGCGCCAGUUCAUCGACAAUUUCGACUAUCUUAAUCUAUUCGUGAUGACCAAGGCUGGCGAGCUAGAACGGAGACUCAAAGUAGAUACCUCUCAAUUUUUGGCCAUUAGGCGCAACCACGAAGAGAACAUCGCAGCGCAGCUAGCUCGCUUGAACACGCUUCAUUAUGAUGCCAUCAACGAGAUCUCAAUCGACGUCAGAAAUUUGACUAAGUUCAUUGUGGUUCAGAAAAUUGCUGUCAAGAAGAUCUUCAAGAAGUUCAACAAGCACUACCAUGAUCCGGCUGUUGCCAAAGCUUUUGUGACUGAAUUGAUGCAAACGCUUCAAUCGAAUCCGUACUCUUUCAUUAACUUCGACCUCUCCAAGAUUACUGAUGACUUGCUGUACUUCCUCAAUGAGAUUGACAUCGAACUGCGUGAGUUGCUCCAACAAAUGCACAAACGUCCCAGCCAAGCUAACAAUGAUGGACUCAAAAAGAGUCACUCCGGCACUACGAUGAAGAGCUUCCGCGGCUCGCUUGCUUCGCAACAUUCGGGUCUUGAUGACUUCAAUGUUGAUGGCAGUCUCGGCGCAGCGGAUCAGAUGGGUAAAUUUGAUCUUAUCACUGUGCUCAAGAAGAACUUCUCGCUGCACUCACUCAUUCCAAAGAACAUUACAUCUCGAAAUGAUUUAAGCUUGACGCUCGAUGUUUAUUUGACAAUCCCAAAAGUUUCUCAGCUGUGCAAAGCUUCGAUCUUUUACUUGACCCAUCCGGAUGCACCAAGCCCUUCUUUGAUCAUUUCUUAUGAAAACCUGCCUUUGUCCAUCGUUAUAGCAUAUACCGGCGGUUUGAGAAAAUACUCGUACUGCUGCUUGCUGCACAACAUGGCCAGCAUCAUCUUGUCAUUGCUCAAUGAAACCGAUCUCAAAGCGAAGGAGGAUUUACGGCAAAAGGUUAACGAUUACAUCAGCUGCGGUGGCCUUUCCAGUAUGACUCGGACCACGCUUGAGUUCAUAUCGGGUUGCAACCUUGUCCCCUCCCUUCAUCAGGUAUUCAACCGUACCAGAUACUUUCUCUCUUGGAAGCCCACUGACCAUGAGGACACAACCGGCAUUUCAAGCACGAUCAGUCCGUUGACGGUUGAUUCGGCAGAGCCAAAGGCUGCUGUCAUUGACAAGAAGGUGUAUGAAGAUAGUUUUUACAUGACCCUUGACGAAGACAUUUUUACCAGCAACUCUAUUCCUCCCAAGGUCACAUUUGAAACAGAUCAAAUGGACCCCUUUCCCUUCAAUUCUUUUAGCAUUUACUCUAAUGAUUCGCAUUUGCAUGCCUUCGAAGAUCAACUUGUUACUGAGAUCGAUGGCAACAUUUUAAGGAGUAAGCCUCCUAUUUCGGCACUUAAUAAACUCCCCUACAAGAUUCAAAAUCUUUUUAGGAGUGCUCCUAUUCAUGCAUUUAAGGGAUUCUCAAUGUUUGACUACAUGAACUCAUGUUAUUCAAAUGAGAUCCCAUCGAACCCCAAUAAUCACUACUCGCGCCUUUUAAACCUUAAUUUGCUCAAGAAUUACGAGAAUGUUGAGAUCUCUAAUAAGCAACUUAACCUUGAUAAGACAAUAAUUCAAAGCAGGUCCAAUAUGAUUUUGCAUAGACAGGAAUCUUGCAAGUCUUUAUUUUCUUCUGCAGACGCUGCAACAAGAACUGUUUCUCCUCCUCCCACGAAUCAUGGGGCAUCCGUGAAGACACUGGCUGCUCCUUCACCCCCUAAACCAUACGUUAUUCACUCAACCGAUUAUCCAAGUCCUCAGCCUUCAGAUCUCGAGAAUUUCUCUGAGGAAAAUGCCAGUGAGGACGGAUAUUUGGUCUAUCUCGGCUUUCAAAACGAUCUUGAGGAUAAUGUGUUCAAUCGUUUUAUGCUUGCAUUCAUCAAGAUCAAGUAUAGAAGCUUGAGAGCCUUCAGAGCCUUCAACUUAAUGGAUUAUGAAGACUACAGAUGGAGGCAAGCCAAAGAAAAGCGGCUACUCGAUUCGUAUGGCGACGCAAUGUAUGAUUCAAUCAACGAGGAUCCAACUUUUUUUAAUCACGGGAAUGACUAUCAAUUGCAAUUUAUGCAUGAUUAUGAUUCGGUGGUCUCUUUUUUGGCAUUCUCGCUUUGCUUCAGCUCCGUCUUUAUUGCAGGUAUCAACCUCGGCAUUCUAUGCUCAUUGCUUAAUCUUCAAGGAAGAGAUACAAAACUCAAUGUCCUGGACAAUCCGGUCCUUGUUUUCAUGCUUUUAUUCGGUUUCAUAUUUGCUCUGAUCUCCAGUAUGGGCAGCGUUAAUUUUCACUUCCAACAAUUCAAAACCCCACCAUUACUACACUCGAGCAUCAUAUGGGUAUCACUAGUAUUCGUGAAUGUUUCUAUCAUGUGGUCCAUUGCACAAGUAAUAGCCUAA